UGGCAUCUCUAAAUUUCUAAAAUGUUUCAUCUCUAAUUAAUUUACAUCUUAAGUUUUAAUAAUACAUAUUACUUUAUGGCUGAUUUUCAAGAGCAAUUGAAAAAUUAUCGUCAGCAAAAGCAAAAGGAAAAAUUGUUAAACAGCUUCAAAUUAAAACUUAAACGUUUUUGGAUGCUGGGCACUGGCGCGGACGCAACUCAGGGAAAAUGUCAAACCACAAUCGAAGUUAAGCCAGCCUCUGAUAAGUCUUCCGACAUUAAUGAUACACCAGAGGAAUAUGUGUCUUCGGACGAUGAAAUUGAAGCGUCACAUAGAGUCGUCAAUGCUAGCGAAGAUAAGGAUAAUAAGUGUUUAAAAUAUACUCUGUGGGCGGUCUACUUCCUGUUUUGGGUAACGUUGUAUGUGAUAGCAAUUGAGCUGAAGUUCGGGUUGGUCUUCUUGAUGUUCUCCGCGUUAUUUGGAAUAUAUUUCAACACCAGAACUGGCCCAAAGGACCCCAAUGAAAUAAGUGCUUACAGUAUAUUUAAUAAGAACUGUGAAAGUAUAGACGGCACUUUAAAGGCGGAGCAAUUCGAGCGAGAAAUCCGCUACGGCUCUGGUAGCGUGCGAUAAGUGCAAUUUAUAAAUAU